CGGGGCCGCGGCGGCUGCGGCGGGGAUGGAGCGGGCGGCGCGGGCGGCGUAGCCCAGCGCGCACGGGGGGGCCGCGGGCAGCGCCGCGCCCGCCGCCGCCGCGGGGCGAGGGCUCCCCGGCCGCCCCCGCCCGGCCAGCCCGCUCCCUGGUACCGGGGGCUGCUGGGGUUGUGUCCAAGGCCUCCCCCUCCCCCGCGUACACACUCACACACACAGACACACGCACACACACUCACACUCACACACACACACACACCCCAUCUCCUCCAGCCGCCGCCGCCGCCGCCGGAGAGAUCGGGGAUCGCCCGCGGCCCAGCCCCGCUCCCGGCUGCGCCCCGUGCCCGGGCGCAUCGCACCCCGCGGGGGCUCGCCCGGCUGCCCCCGGGGCGGCGUGCGCGGGGCGAGGGGACACACGGCGGCUCCCGCGGCGGCUCCCGAUGGCUCGUCCGCGGCCCCGAGAAUACAAGGCUGGAGACCUGGUGUUCGCCAAAAUGAAGGGGUACCCGCACUGGCCGGCCCGGAUUGAUGAACUUCCUGAAGGAGCCGUGAAACCUCCAGCAAAUAAAUACCCCAUCUUCUUUUUUGGGACUCAUGAAACUGCGUUCCUGGGGCCCAAAGACCUUUUCCCAUAUAAAGAAUAUAAAGAUAAGUUUGGGAAAUCGAACAAGCGAAAAGGAUUUAAUGAAGGCCUGUGGGAAAUAGAAAACAACCCUGGAGUAAAGUUUACUGGAUAUCAGGCGAUUCAGCAACAGAGCUCAUCAGAAACUGAAGGAGAAGGAGGAAAUACAGCAGAUGCCAGCAGUGAGGAGGAAGGUGAUCGGGUAGAAGAGGAUGGAAAAGGAAAAAGAAAGAAUGAAAAAGCCGGCUCAAAACGGAAAAAAUCCUACACUUCAAAGAAAUCCUCCAAGCAGUCACGGAAAUCUCCCGGAGAUGAAGAUGAUAAGGACUGCAAAGAGGAAGAAAAUAAGAGCAGCUCUGAUGCUGGGGACGCAGGCAAUGACACAAGGAAUACUUCUUCAGAUUUGCAGAAAACCAGUGAAGGGACUUAACCAACAAAAUGACUGCUGAAUAUUAAGGGAAAAUACAAGAAGGUUACAUGUUUGGUUGUCUAAUAUUCUUGGAUUUGAUAUGAGUCACCACAUCUGUUCAUUAGUACCAUCAACAGCAUCCCAGUUUGUAUGCACAUUAUUCACAUUCCUAUCUGUUGUGUUUGCAGAAAUGACAUUUUUACCCUUUUUUCUAAGGGUUACUUUUUGAUUUUCAUAUUAUUUGGUUGCAUGAAGUUGCCCUUUUUCCAGUGGCUGAGGUUUAUGAAGAUAUUGCAUACUUGAACAUGUUUUAGAUUCCUUUUCUAGACAGAAAAGGCAUAACUCUAAAUUAUAUCAUUCUAAAUCAACAUUUUUUAAACACAACUAAAUCUUAGAAAUUAGUCCCCUCCAUACAAUGCUACAAUAAUCUUCCACACACAAACAUAAUCUUAAAUUUUCCUAUAUCCAUUCUCUCUUGGGUUUUGAUCAGUUUACAACAUAAAAGAAAAAUUCUUCUUCAGCUGAAAUCACCACCAAGUUCAAUAAUAUAAUAAAAUACCUUUCCUUAUUAGAAGUACCUAGCUAGUUAUACUCUUAAUACUUCUCCAAACCAUGAUGUAAUGUACACUAUCUGACUUAGUUCCUAUAUGUGGAGUUAGUGAAAGUCUUUUUGUGUUUCUUUAGAUUAAUACGAGAAUUUUUCCAAUGCCAACACAAUUUGAAAUCAUUCAUUUGGAUGCUUUCCAUUUUUAAGCUUACUGUGAUAUACAGCCCUAUGGGAAACCAAAACAAAACAUCAAUUUUAAAUAACGAAAGGCUUAAAAAAGGAUGCUGUCAUUCUGGCUUUUUUUUUCCUUUUGGAAAUAGAACUAGACUAGUAAGUAAGCAUUCCAAAUCCAUUACUCUGUGUACAUUAUUGUUGCUAUUGUGAUAAUAGAGAUUUUUAUUUAUUUUUAUGCCAGCUUUUAUUGUGAAAACAUAUUUAGUCUGGUUUUAUCAAUCCUUGUUAUGCUUGUCCUUGGAACAUCUUUUGCGUAUUCAAGGUUUGUAGUUGAUGAGUUUACUGUAAAAAACUAAAAAAAAAAAAAAAAAAACCACAAGGAAAAAAAAACAAAAAAAACCACCAAAACAAAACAAAAA